GCAUGGCAACGCCAUCAACAUCAGAUUUAGAGAUUGGUGCAAGGUGUGAAGUAGGAGGGCAAAGCGGAAUAAUUCGUUAUAUUGGAACCACCGAUUUUGCGCCUGGUAAAUGGGUCGGUGUUGAGCUGGAUGGUCCAUCAGGAAAGAACGAUGGUUCUGUCAAAGGCAAGCAUUACUUUGAUUGUAAACCAAAUCACGGAGUUUUUGUUAGAGCUUCACAAGUAAAAAUACCUUCAAACUCGGCUCCUACGCUUCGAACUCCGUCAACGCCAAGUUUUGCCCCGCCAAAUGCAAAUGAUGCAGCACCUUUAAGACAGCGUCCAACUUCAAUGAUUUUUCCAUCAUCAAAUAGAAAUAGUAUUUCUGGGAUACCUAAUCGACUAUCAAGGGGGCCUGGUUCAUUUGGUUUUCCACGCGGUCCAAAUAGUCCUACAUUUCAAAAAAGACCACGUGGAUAUUCUGAUGCCAGCAACCCUGAUCAAAAAAGACUUGAUUUUGACUCUUUAUAUUUCAACCAACAAGAUAACCAAGAUUUAAAUGAGGAUUACCCUGAAAAUGAUGAACAUAUUGAUGAUGAAUAUGAAGCCGGUGCUUCAACACUCAAAAGUGAUUUGCCAAAACAUUUAGAAACUCCAAGGCAUGAUACUGCUGAUGCCCCAGAUCCAUUUUCUUUACAGGAAACGCGCGAACAAACUGUUUCUCAAAAAGAGUAUGAUGAACUGAGAAUGAAACUUAAAAUAUUGGAAAAUAAACGUCAAGAAGACAGGGAGAGAAUUCGUGAAGCUGAUAAAAUGAAAGCUGAAGCUGAACAAAUAUUGAGUGUUAAACCAAAACUUCAAGUUAUUUAUCAAUCUGACAUCAUUUUUAUCAUAUAUAUUUUAGCCAAAAUGGCAGAAAUGCAACAAGAAUUACGUGACCUUAGGAAGCAAUUGAAAGAAGUUAAUUCCGAGAAAGAAGCUUUCGAGGGCAAAUACAAUGAAGCUUCUGAAUCCAUGGAAAUAAUGGCCAUUGAUAAAGAAGUGGCUGAAGAAAAAGCUGAUCAGUUACAACAAGAAGUUAAUUUGUUGAAGGAAAAGAUUGAGGAAAUUAGUGUAGAUUUAACUGUGUUUAAAAAGCACGAAAGACUAAGUGAUGAAACAAGACAAGCCAUUGAAUAUGUUCAACUUGAGAAACAAAAUGAGCGUCUUAAAGAAGCUCUGUUCAGUGAAUCUGAAGCUGAUCUAAAUAAGAAGAUCAAGGCUCUAGAAAAAGAAUUAUCGUCUCUUCAAGAUAUUCAAGCACAUCGUGAUCAGCUGAAAAACCAAUUGGAUCAUGCUGAAAUGUCUAUUGAAGAUUUAAAGAGCCGCCUAGAUGAUGUUAUGCAUAAUGAAGAUAUGCUUGAACAACUUACUCAACAAAAUCUGUUACAAGGAGAGCAAAUUGAAGAAAUGAAAAUGACCAUUGACGAUCUUGAGGCCUUGAAAGAAUUAAAUGAUGAACUUGAAGAAUCUCAUAUUGAAAACGAGAAACAACUUCAAGCAGAAAUCGACACGCUUAUUCGUGAAUAUUUGAGGCGAAUUGAGUCAACAGACGAGGCAAAUGCAGAUUAUGAAAACACAAUCACCAAUUUCCGCGAACUUGUUGCUACUGAUUUGGAACAAUUUCGUCGAAAGGAGGAAAAUCAAAAUUCAGGAACGGACAAUCUUGGUAGCGAAUCUCAAAAAAUGCUUGACUUAAAACUUCAGUUAAGUAAUACUGAACUUAAGAAUCAAGCCAAACAAAUUGAUCUGGAACUUCGAAAAUUGGAUGCCACACAAGCAACUGAACAUUUGGCCUUUGUUCAGCUACGACAAAAAUUAGCGUGGUUUUCAGAUUUAUCCAAACGCUUUAUUACUUUCAUAAAUGGUUGUCCCGUCGAAACCUUUUUAAAUAUGGGUCAAGUCUAUCGAGAUCUAAUUGGAACAGAGCACACGAUCGUGGACUUAUUGAGAAAAGAAGAAUUAAAAGAAUCUGAAAAUAUUGACAAGUACUUUGCAGAAAGAUAUCUAUCCGACACUAAAAUCGAUGAGGCUGAUAAAUUCUAUUCAUAUGGCAGAGCAUUGGAUUUAAAUGCUGAUACCAUUGCAGUAACGCUUGGUCAGUUAAAACAAGCUGUUGCGACAGCAUGUAAAGACGAAGGUACAAAAGAUGAAUUGAAGCUUGUUGGACUUCAUCAAAUUAUUUACACUGUCACUGAAAAUAUAUUGAGUAUCAACGAAAUGAAGAUGUGGGAAGGCUGUACAAAAACAUUGCAAGAUUUAUGUCAAGAAAUCGUUGGCCUGAAUAAUGUUAUUAAUGAUCCUGAUAAGGCAGAAACUGCUCCAUGGGUUAUACGGUCCAAAGAAUUAAAGGCCGAGGUUAUUAUUAAUGUCGAUAUGGAACGUAAAUUGCAACAGUCUGGUGAAAAAAUUCAAGAAUUACUUAAAGACAUGAAAUUGAAGGCUGAUAGGAUUAAUUCUCUAGAAGAAGAGCUUGCUAAUAAAACCAAACAAGAAUCAGACCUUGAGGAAGUUAUGGGUAAACUUCACCAGGAUCUUGAGACGCGAACAUAUGUUCCUAUUAGAAUUAUUGGGUCAAUCAUCAAUUUCAAUUUUCAUAUCUUAAUGUAUGUUUGUUGCUUAACAGAAAUACAAACCGAACCACAACAUCACCAUCAUCAUCCUGAGGAUGUUGAUCUUGAUGAUAUGGAGAUAAUAUCGGAAACCAGUCCUUUAGAAACCCAGCGUUUAACCAGCCAGAUUGAAUCUCUAAAAUUCGCGGUUCGCUAUUUAAGAGCCGAGAAUUCUCACCUGAAAGGAAAGGAUGCAUUGAGUGUGUUGAAUUGGCAUCUGCAACCUAAGAGAUCUCGCAGUAUUCAAAAUCAAAAUAAUAGUGAACAUUUAUCGAAUAUUGCGCAGGAAGCCAAAUCAUUGCUUAAACAACGACUUGAAGUCAAAACUACAACAGUUGGGCAAGACAAGCCUGCAAAAACCUCAGAAGCCCUCAAAG